CUCGACGAAGCGCACGUGCGACUGCCCCGCCCCUAUGUAACUGCCUCCCCAAAACGCGAAAACAUUUUUGGCGCGCAUUUUGUCACCAUUCAAUUGCAUCAAUUAUUUUAGAAUUUUUUUUUCCAAGUGUGCGAGUAGAACGUUUUUUUAAGGUGUGCUUGUGUGUGAUUAUCGUAAUAAUUGCAAUCGUAGAUGUAACUGUACCAGUGUGUGUGACUAAUUGCAGGGCGCACUUGAAAUAUUCAUGGGACAAGUGCAGCGGCAAAGGGCUGAAUAAUUCAACAGAACUAGCAGUUCUUUUUGUUAUUGUUCGAUGUGCUUGGCCCAUCUUGUUAGUGUUUUUUGAGCGGGCCGUUAAAAAAAAAAACGAGGUGAAAGGAACAGAAAGCCGGCGAUCCGGCGAACAUGUAAAUCGAAGCUCAAAUGGCAGCGAGCAACAAGCCCCGGUACAGGUACAAAUCCCACGGCGUCGUCCUGGAGUGCCUCCUGCACCUCGUCUUGUUCACCAGAGUUGUGCGUUUGGAAGUUUUUGCCGAGGAGGUCACCACUGCAGCCAGUUUGUCGGAAGAAUGGGGCUCCGGCUGGCGGGGCACAAAUUUCCUAGUGGAGGUCGAACAAACCGCUCCCAUAUCACCGCCCUCCUCGUCCUCAGCGUCCUCGAAUGGCAGCGAGGAUUAUAUUGGGGAACUGGGGAGCCAGGAGGUGGACGAUGGAUUCACAACAGGUGCCACAACAGGGGCCUCCAAUACGACUACCGAAGAGACAGGACCCAAGAUCAUCGUUCGCACCGAAGAGGUCCUGAUUGUGGGCCUGGUCCUGGUCCUCUGGGUGGGCGCCAUCAUGCUCUUCUUUAACCGAUGGGGCAAGAUCCGGAUGCUGGAGCCAUAUCAGCCCAAGUUCCAGCAGCAGCACCGCAGCUCCUGUCCACUGGUCGACCUGGAUGCAGUCACUACUCACCAGCGCUCCUCCGUGUCGCGAAUGUCGAUGGGUAUGGUACACAAUCUCAAUAUGCCGACGUGUCAAUUUGCGGCCUAUAAUCCCAACAUGUAUGCCAAGGGCUACGCCUCGCAUGUGUCGGCGUCGCGUCCGCGCCAGAAUUCGGUGUUUGUGGGGGCCAGUACCAGUCACUACCUGAUGCCGCGGCCCCCGAGGAAGACCCGCUCGGCGAUGGACCUGCACUCGAUGGUUCUGGACGAGAGUGCCGAGCAGGUGUAGGAUUGCGUGGCGAAAUGGAAGCCCUUCGGCUGAGGAUCCAUGGGAGAGAGUGCUAAGUCAGUUCGUAAGUCAGUGGAGUGUGUGAAGUGCGAGUGUGUGGUCCGUUUUUCAAACUAAAUGUAUUUCAGAAACAUAUAUAUUUCUGAAUUUAUAAAGCAGUUCAAUUAAAUAAAGAGUCCGGUGUCUAAAAGUAUGCAAUACAAUAUUUUCUGUAUUUGGUGUGUUUGUAGAAUAGAAUGUUGUUGACAACUUAGCAUACUUUUGGACGACCGCGCUGACGUUUUUAAGACCAGAACGAUUUUCAAAACAUCAAGGCUUUAAGAAAUACAAGGAAUUUUGUUACCACAAUUUUCCAUGAUAAGUUUAAGGUUUAUUAACCUACUUUUAUUUUCAAAAACCGAAGAAAAAUUGAAUUAUGUAAAAGUAAAGAUAUGGUUUUCAUUUUAAUUUGAGCAGGGAUCGAUGGAGACGGAAUAGCACUGUCCAAUAAUUGCAACAAUAUCUGUACUUACCACUCACAACUAACUCUAUGACAUUUCCUUACUAUCUCUGUCGCACAUAUUUAUUUCUGUGCUGGCACAGAGUCAAUUUGAGUCAAUUUUUUAUUUAGGACCAGUUAACUGCUGUGAAGUGCACAGUUCACACACGAAGUUAUCAGCUAAACAUACCGAAAAUAUGUAGAAAUAUCUAUCUUAGAGUAUUCUUAGCCCUAUCCAGUGUUACUCAAUGUAGUCUAUGCCUAACCUCCUUUUUCCUUCUUCACAACAUUGGAUGACAGAGCUAAUUGUUAAACAAACAAAUGUAUACACUUAAAGUAAAUAAUUAUAUCCGCGAAACUGUUUAGUUCGUAAGCCCAAAGCUCAAAAAUCAAUCAGCAUACAACUUGAAACUUGACCAAACUUCCCGUAAUAAUAUGUUUUCCCAGCACCUCUGUAUUGCACUUUAAAAUGUAUCUUAACUUAAGUAAUUUCGACCAACCAACAAAAAAAAAACUGGAAAAGUAUGCAAAUGAUGGAGCGAAAAACGAGGAUAGGGGAUUAAAAACGAGGUGGAAAAUGAACAACUAACUAACGAAAGCUUUAAAUUCCUUGGGUCUCCUGGGGGACCUGUAAACCAAAAACCCAUCCAGUUCGAAGUAAACUAAACCAAAGCUGAGAAUUAUACUUUAGGCCUAAGAAAACUACAGAUUACAGAGUAAGUCACUAACAAAAAGUCUAGUGGGAAAUAUGUGGAUCAAUGUACACUAUACCUAUAACUACAACUUAAAAUAUAACCUCAACUUAACGAUAACUCACCCAGUCAGACACUUUUUCCUCACAACUCAGAAAACCAAAAAACAAAAAACGAAAUUGUUGAAUAUUAAUGAUUAAUUAACUUGUUUACAAUAUUUACAAGGGCCUGAGCAAAACCAAUUAUAUAUACACAUGUGUACUAUAUCAAAAACUAAACUAU